UGAUCCUCGCUGCCUGCUGCCGUUCUAGAUCUAGACCUCCUUCUACUCCUGCUUUCCCCCACGGGCUUUGAAUUAGCCGGGUUACCUGGUAACUGCGACUGGCGAUGAGUCACCGGGGCGAAGGCCCACUGCGAUCCGAAUCCGAAAUUGAUAAAAAACCCCAAGUUGCGCCAGCAAUUCUUAUCUGCAAACUGGCUACUAGAUAAUGCCGCGGGGCUUUGUGGACGCACAGCGGUUACGGGGCGAGAUUCAAGACAAAGCCAGUGGUCGGAAACCUCCUUUGCAGCCCUACUAAGCUUCCAACUACGUAUCCGCUUUUCCAGCGCCAUGGAGGAUCUUACAUACGCCUACAUUUCCGAGCCGGUGGAGUUCCGGCAGCUGGAGGGGCGGGCCAUUGACUUCCGCAAGACGUUCGAUCUGCGGGGCCAGGGCGGCGACGAAAUGCUCCAGUUGUACCUGCGGAAGGCCAACCUGUCCGACGACCUCGAUCGUCUGCCGGCAAUCAUGCGGCGCGCCUACGUCUAUGACAUAAUUAGAAGCAAUAAGGGUCCCGGUUACUGGGUGCCUCCUUCCAUGCAAGUGAGCACCGACGUCUUCGCCCAUCCACCGCCUGCAGUUCGUCCACCUCCCUACUACGCCGACAACGUGAGCACCAACGCAAGUAUCGACGGCAUGAAGAGCUCCUCCUCCUCGAACAGCCUCGACAGGUAUACGGGCGCACCACAUGCGGUUCUGGCGGGUCCCAGCUUCGCCACCAGUGUCUUGGUCAGCAACAAGGGUUCCAAGUACGAGAUCAGCGGACCAGUCAACUUCCAGCACGUUUCCGGCGAUGUGACAAGGGAUCGGACGCGAAAUGCCUUUGACCUGAACGCCGACUCCAACGACAAGGUGCUAAGGAAGUACAUGAUGGAGCGGGGCAUCACGGAGGCGGACAUCAGCGACAUGCGACGACAGGAUGUGAUCAAGAAAAUUGUCCACUCCAACUUUACAUGGAUGCCAUCAAAGAGUGAUAUCCAGGCUCAACCAAGAGUCCAGGAAACGGCCAAGCCGCUACUCUAUGCCACCAUUUCCACCAACAACCAGAUCACUCCUCCGCCCUCGCCUCCACCGCCGCCAAUGGCCAACGUUUCGAGGCCUACGGCUGCUCCAAACUUCUCCAACUACGCCUCAUUGACAUCGAUGUUUGUGGACAUCUCAGAUAUGGAACUGAAUGGUCCACCACCGGCUGCAUCGACGCCUUUUAGACAGCCGGAAGUGGGAUCGGUGAUUCCCGUUCAGCAGCAAGUGAACAGACCGAAGGUUCCGCCGCCUCCGUCAGCGGUCAUGGCAAAGAACACACAUGGCUAUCCAGCGGCUAUUGAUAUACACCAAGUGCGUCCUUCGGCUGCGCCCAAAGUGUCCAAUGAAAUCUAUGCUACCAUCGCGCCGCAGCGAAAGGUUGGCUCCAUGCGUAUCCCGCCGCCAGCGCCUCCAAAGCCAACAAUAGUACCAAACACGAAUUCGACGACUUUCGGUGGAUCACUGUAUGCCGUCUCCCCAGUGCAGUAUGCGCCAGUGACCAAGCCUGCGCCAGUUGCCAAGCCAGCACCUCCUGCUCCUCCAGCCAAGCCAAUUUCGAGGGUACCCCCUGCUUAUGUGUCUCCUCUUCCGGUGUAUAACACAAGGGCUCCUAGUGCCGUAGUUCCAGUUCCUCCUCCGCCGCCGGCUGCGGCAUCUGCAGGAGCACCUCCUCCGCCGCCGCCUCCAAUGCCAGUUGCCGCUGCUGGAGGAGCACCUCCUCCGCCGCCACCUCCACCAGGUGGCUUGGCGGGAGUUCCACCACCGCCUCCAAUGCAGAUGUCACAACCCAAGGCUGCUCCAGCUGCUUCCUCUGGCGGAGACCCGAGGGACGCCUUUCUGGCGAGCAUCCGACAAGGUGUCGCACUCAAGAAAGUCGAUCAGAAGGCGGCCACCAUAAGCGGUAUUAAGCCGCGUCCGGAACGUAAGCCAGUCGGUGGUGACUUCCUGAGUGAACUUAAGCUGGGAAUAACGCUAAGGAGGGUUAAAAACCCGGCAGAUAAUCCCUAUUCCGAGGAAUCCGAGUCCCAUGCGUAACGACUUGGCGGUUAAACUUUUGACUGCGCCGCACUUUACAACACUGAACGGAGCGGGCAAGGUUGCCAGACUGAGAAAAUCCGCUUAAUUUAAAAUGUCACUAUAAUACGGUUUAAUCUUAAUGUUAAUCACCAUGACAAUGAGCAGUAACGUUUGUUAAAUAAAAUUGUUAUCUCCAGA